AUGCAAGUGGGCGAGGUCGUGUUUUUGAGCAACCAACAGCCAGCUGCACAUAUUGCUCACCAGCAAGCCGAACAGAUUUCAUCUUCAUCUGUCUGGGAGUCAAGGCGAAUUACAUCUACUGUUUCAGAGCUCAUUGCCGACAUUAUCGUUAUGGCUCAACUACGAAAGACCCUUCAAAACAUCAGAUCACGAUGGUCCGCUUCGAAUGACAAUGACAAAGUCCUCGACCUGCAGAAGACCCCCCUUCUUGAACAAGCCAAACAAGACACAGAAGCGUCUCUGAACACUUCGCCUCCAGGCUCGCCUCGAGCGUCGUUGCCAAAUAUUCCAAGCCCCGAUCAAGAAAGCUUCGAGUCAACAGCCGAUCCUCAGCGCUCCUCAUAUCUAUUCAAGCUACCCUUGGAGUUGAGGACGCUGAUCUAUAUCGAUAUCUGGCAGCUGCUGGGCUCUAGCCAGCACAUUUUUAUCAAGGGAGAUGGAUACUCCUAUACUCCCUGUGUCGUGCGUUCAGGCGAAGCAGACGAGCGACCUGCCGAAAUAAAAAGGAUCUGGGAAGAAGAUGGGGGCUGGUCCAUCCGGCAAGCUCUCUGGAACAAGCGCAUGUCAAGCUCUUGGGGCACUCACUGGAAGUGUCUUGAGAGAACCCUCGUGGCUCCCCCGGGACAGCACCCUGUUUUGACAAUGUUGCUGCUGUGUAAAAGAACGUACCUCGAGUGUCGAACACCAAGACUCAAGAACCUGAGCAUUACGUUCACCCGCGUGCGGAUAGCACAUCACUUUUGCUGCGUGCGAAAGAUGCCGAUCAUGGAGAACAUAACGCAUCUGGUCAUCUCCUUUCGAGAGGCCGGCAGCAAGGACUACAGGGCAUUUUACAAUCUCCUACUACAUGUGGAAAAGCUUCCGAACUUUCGGGAGAUGGAUGUUUGGAUGGAUGUUCCGGGCUUGAGUAUCGCAGAGUUUCUGCUUACUAUCGGCCAAACAUAUCACGAUAGGGGAGUUCUGUCGAAGAUAACAUUCGAUGUCCCGAUAGAUGUAGAUGAGGUGCUGGAAGUUGAGAAGCAUUACCCUCAGGUUACCAGGGAGUUUGUUGCGUUCGAUUUAGGAGGUGAACUUAGCAUCGUUCGGGAGAAGAGAGAUCUUUAG